CACCUCCACCCUAAAUCUGAACCACCACCGUCCAUUCAGAUCCACACACAAGCACUUCACUUGACUAAAAAAACAAGGAAAUAUCACCAUUCAUCCUCACCUCUCACUCACAGAUCUCAUGCUACACAGUUCAAGCUCCUAGCUUUCUUCCUCUAUCUCUAUCUCUAAGUAGAGUCGCACAUUCUUGGAAAGAGAAGAUUUUUGUAAAAACCCAUUUUGCCCUUGAACCAAAGAGGAUGGUGGAGGCACAAAAAUGGGCAACAAGGAGAAUGAGCAACCCGAGAAUAGUGGAUGGCACCACCGUGUCAACCACCACCGAUGACCAAGUUCUUGACAUACCAGCAACCCCACCUGGUGAUGUAAGAAACAAUGCAUAUUCCACCGUGGGAUCAUAUUUCUCUCCAAAUAUUUUAACAGCUGCGAUAAUUGCAUCAUGGUACAUGUCCAACAUUGGUGUUUUGUUACUUAACAAGUACCUGUUAAGUUUUUAUGGCUUCCGGUACCCAAUAUUCUUAACAAUGCUGCACAUGAUUUCGUGUGCUUGUUAUAGCUAUGUGGCUAUAAAGUUUCUUGAAAUAGUACCGCUGCAGCAUAUUUUAUCAAGGAAGCAGUUUAUGAAGAUCUUUGCUUUGAGUGCUAUCUUUUGUUUUUCUGUGGUUUGUGGUAAUACUUCAUUGAGGUACUUGCCUGUGUCUUUUAAUCAAGCUAUUGGGGCAACUACACCAUUUUUUACUGCUAUUUUUGCGUUCUUGAUAACGUGCAAGAAAGAAUCUGCUGAGGUUUAUUGCGCACUUUUGCCUGUGGUUUUUGGAAUUGUUUUGGCCAGUAAUAGUGAGCCUUUGUUUCAUUUAUUUGGGUUCUUGGUUUGUGUUGGUUCAACUGCUGGACGUGCUUUAAAAUCCGUGGUUCAAGGGAUUUUGCUAACAUCAGAAGCUGAGAAGUUACAUUCUAUGAAUUUGUUGCUUUAUAUGGCACCAAUGGCUGCUUUGAUUUUGUUACCGUUUACUCUUUACAUUGAAGGGAAUGUGGCUGCAAUUACCAUUGAGAAAGCCAGUGGGGAUCCGUUUAUUGUGUUCUUGUUGGCUGGGAAUGCAACUGUGGCUUAUUUAGUGAAUUUGACGAAUUUUUUGGUGACCAGGCACACAAGUGCCCUGACUCUUCAAGUGUUAGGCAAUGCUAAGGCUGCAGUGGCUGCUGUCAUUUCAGUCUUGAUCUUUAGGAAUCCGGUGACUGUGAUGGGCAUGGCUGGAUUCGCGGUUACAAUCAUGGGUGUGGUGCUUUACAGCGAGGCAAAGAAGAGAUCUAAGGUCACAACUCACUGAGAGAUGAUAUAACGAUUCAUUUUGAUUGCCACAAACACUGGGAGUUUUCCUUUUGGAAGGAAACGCAAAACAAGUUGCUCGGCAUGGUUUUAGAUAACAGCAGGGAGGGGCAAGGACAAGUUGAAACGGCUCCCAAAUGCAAUAACUGUACAAAGAGCAAAACCUUUUCUUUGAGCAGGUUGAAAUUGCCGGAAUUUUGUUGAAUUGGUUUUUCCAGUUUGGAGUCAUUUCUAACCAAGGCCUAAGACUAAUGCUGUUUCUUUAAUCUUUUUCUUAUUGACUUGAAAUUAUGUUUUAAGAUGGAGAUCGACCAUUUUUAACGUAUGAAGGUGACAUGGGCACCUUCAGUUUAAGCGAAAGACUUUAUUUUUAA